AUAUGGAGCUGGGAGCGUUUGCCGGUUGGACGUCCGAAGAAGGUGAAGUACGAUGAUUGGGACGACAAAGGCGACCUACUACGGCUACCCACUUGGGCUUACAAGUGGGAUGUGAUAAAUGAGACGACAGAUGAUCCCUCGGUCAUGUACAAGUUGUACCAGAGUGAGCUUGACGCGAUCACGCCUGAGCAGGUGAUAUGGGAGCCGUAUGGAACAGGAGAUAGUUUUGGUAACCCUUUAGAGUUCAGGCUGAAUCCGAUGUGCACUAGGGAUAGGGAUCUCUGGCGUAUGCGGUGCCCACUCAUAUGCAACUGGGCGGUUGAGCUUCACCUCCCACAUCGAGUGCGCCGUCAGUUUGGUUUGUUCCAGGCACAUCCGCCGGAGUGGGAGGACACGGACAAGUUGCUACACGCGUUGGAUAGGAAAAGGCAGCGGAAGAUUAAGGAUUGGGCCAAGCAUCACAGAAAGUAUGUCGUACAGUUUGCGCUUAGUGUGGAGCAAGCUAGGGCUGGAAAAGGAUACCCGUGUGGAGGUAUGCAAGCCGGCGUAUGCUGA